AUUGGCAUUGGUUAUGGAUAUGGAUCCGGGCGAAGGUACUUCAGAUGGUCGUGUGCAACGCAAGUCAGACAGCGUUGAGGUUGAAAUAAAGCAAGAGCCAGACAUUAAAGAUGAACCGUCGAAUGGCAUUGAAUUUGAUUUGAUGACACGUACAAAUGGACGGUUUGAAGCAGAUGCAGCGACAGCGACAUCGAACAUCGAAUCGAAACGCGAGUCAGAGAGUGACUUUAUCAUCGACUUUGAUUUGAAUGAUGUGAAAGAGGAAGUGAAGUGUGAAGAAGAGAAGCCAGAAAAAGGAAAAGAAAAUGCUUCGUCAAUGGGCUGGAGCUCAGAUAACAGUGAACCAAACUCUGCUCUUGACGGUCAAGACGAUGGUUCAGGAGACAGAUCAAAGGCCAUUUGCAAGAGACUGAAUGCGAACGGCAAAGGAAAGAAACGCGAUGGAUCGAGAAAGCAGAACAGACGAAAGAUUCCGAGGAAUAAGGCGGCGAAGAAACGAAAGGAGCACAGGUGUCAUUUGUGUGAUUAUGUUACAUCGCAUAAAGAGGCCAAACAAUUACACGAGAAGAGCUGCAAGCGACGUCGAUACGAAUGCUAUCUCUGCGAAUUGAAAUGUUUUGUCAGAGGCAGUCUCAAACGUCAUAUGCAAGCAAAACACACCGGUGAACGUCGAUUUCAAUGCAAAGUCUGUAGAAAACGAUUCGUUGAGAAGUGUAAACUCAAUCAACAUUUGGCACAGCAUCGCGAUCAGUUUCCAUUUGGAUGCAUCAAGUGUGGUCGAGGAUUUUCAACAGAAGGCGAUAAAACAGCGCAUGAGAAGGCUUGCGGUCAUCGUCAAUAUCAGUGUUACGUGUGCAAGGUGUUUAAGCUGCAAAAUCACUAUUUACGCAAUCACAUGCGAGUCCAUCAUACAG